AUGGCGGCGACGGUGCCGCCCGCGAACGAGGAUCCCGGUCAACUCGACCCACCACCUGCUGACCAGGCUGACAGCGACCUGGACGCGGAAGGGGAAGAGGAGACGGACCUGUAUCAGAUGGAUCAACAACUUCAAAAUGCUGUACACCGAGCGUAUUCAAGCGACGACGGGGAAGAAAAUAACGAAAGCGAGGCGGAUGAGGCUAAGUCUCUGAGCGCAAGGCGCGCACAAAACAGUGGCGAUAAUGAUGAAACGGAACCUGUGGGCGCAGUGAAACUUCCCGACGACGACUCAUCCUCUGUUGAUGAGGAUGCGGAGUCAGCGACAGCAGGGACGGCUGACGGGGAUGGCGAUCCCGCUUUCGAGGAGGAAAAUGAACGAGAUGUUUCGGAAUCAAGCGAAUCAGAAUCAGAGGCUGAAGAAUGGGAGGCUGAGAGUAACGGCCAUGAGGAUGGGGAUGCGGAAAUCCGCAGCCGUACAAACUGCAUAUUUUGUAACCAAGAUGAAGAGCAUGACCCUGGUGAGGAUUUUGAAGAAUGGCUCACAUGCGCUGUUUGUGGUGAUCAUUCUCAUCGGCAAUGUGCUAGAGAACAAGAGGCACAUGAAGAAACCGAAGAUCGCUGGAAAUGCCCCGUCUGUGUCCAAAACAAACUUGAACCUGAUCCCGCGGAAAGUCCAACAUCGAUUCAGCAGAAAUCCGGUGGAGCGCACCUGCCUAAAGAGCUUUUACCGGCUCAUGUUGGCAAGCAAGGCUCUGACUUUCAUUCCAUCUUCAACACAGACAUCAAUGACGAAGUCUUGAAUAGCUCACGUUCACUAAGAAAACGAAGAGCUUCAGAGGUGGAAGAGCAUACCCCUGCUCUUCGAAAACGACGACGCCAAACGGAUCACUCAGAUUCAAAUGACCCUCCUAUGCAUACUGACACGCUCGGCGACGAAUCAGCCCAAUCCCGGCCUCUGCGCGCAAGAAGGACCCGUGGAGUUGACCGCGAUCAUGCACGCAUAGUAAACAAACAAUUCGGGAAACUCGUCAUGGGUUUCCGUCUCGAUGAAGGACGCGUGGGCCGCAUAUUAAACAGUCAAAGCCGACCGCAGCGAAAGAAGAAGAAGGCACUCAAACCCCAGCCGGCGCAUCAAGAACCUCAAGCACACUUUGCUCCUAUUCCACCCGCUCCUUACAACCACUUCACUCCAUUUCAUGAUCGCGAAGGUGAUGACCCCAAAGCCAAGCCGUAUGGCGGCAUACUUUCCGAAGGAGAGCAAGAUACCUCCAAGACACUCCCGACACAAGGCGAUCGUGAUAAAUUUGAGUUCGCUCGCCAAAAAGCUGAAGAUGAAUGGCAACGAAGGGUCCGAGAGGCAGAACUCAACGGGGAGGUAACAAUAACAGCGUCUCAGAAAGUUUCGGGUCCACCUUCAAAGAUCAAGUAUAUUAACUUUGGAGGUUACGAGAUUGAGACCUGGUAUGCUGCUCCUUAUCCGGAGGAGUACAGCCGAAAUCGUGUGCUCUACAUUUGCGAGUUCUGUUUGAAGUACAUGAACUCAGACUACGUCGCUUGGCGACACAAACUCAAAUGCCCCGCAAAACAUCCCCCUGGCGAUGAAAUCUAUCGCGAUGGCUCCAUCUCAAUCUUUGAAGUGGAUGGCCGCAAGAACCCUGUCUACUGCCAGAACUUGUGUCUUCUUGCCAAGCUUUUUCUUGGAUCCAAAACCCUCUAUUACGAUGUCGAACCUUUCUUAUUUUAUGUCAUGAGCGAGUACGAUGAUCUGGGAUGUCAUUUUGUGGGCUAUUUCAGCAAGGAAAAGAGGCCGAGCUCGGCAAACAACGUUUCGUGUAUUCUUACGCUCCCUAUUCAUCAACGGAAAGGCUACGGCAAUCUCCUUAUCGACUUCUCGUACCUUCUAACACGCAUCGAGGGCAAAAAUGGCUCACCAGAGAAACCCUUAUCUGAUAUGGGACUGGUGUCAUAUCGCAAUUACUGGCGCCUGAUCUUAUCUUAUCAACUUCGUGAUCUAAAGACACCCUUGAGCAUCGCCGACCUCUCCGACCGAACAGGAAUGACUGCAGAUGAUAUCGUGUCCGCGUUGGAGGGUCUUCGUGCUUUGGUACGGGAUCCCAUCACAAAAAUUUACGCCUUUCGUCUCGAUACCAAAUACUUUGAAGAAGUGAUUCAAAACUGGGAGAAGAAGGGCUAUGUUACACUCAACCCCGAUGCUCUACUCUGGACCCCAUACAUUAUGGGACGUAAUAACCAAUCACAUUUCGAUCGAGCACCACUACAUGCCGUGGCGCCUCGAGACGAUCCCAAUGAAGAUGAUGAAGAUGUGGACAUGAAGGAGGUCGACGAUGACAUCGAGGUUCCCUCUAUGAAUGAUCAUGCUGAUGGUCUAGGCGAACCCGCUGGGCCACCAUCGACCCAUGCUCUUCUUCAGCCCAAUGGGGUUCACUCACCAGAUACUUCGGCCACCCCAGUUUCUAAUCCUGCAGCUGGGAUCCCACCUUCUCGAUUUGAGCUUUGGCCUCCAGUUCGUGUUCCAGUGAGCCAUAAAAAGAAGCUUGGUCGCCCCAUGACCAAGUCUCGAGCAUCAAUGACGCCAAACACUAUCAGAACUAGCGGACGCAAUACUCCACGCAGAGGGUCUGGUCUUCCAACCGUUACUCCUUCUGCUAGCACGCGUCGUGGACGAAGCGCAAAGCUAAAUGGGUCACCAGCUGCAGAGGAAAGUACACCUCUACCAAAUGGCAUUGAAGCUGAUGACGAAGCGGUGGCUGAAGAGGAGGAUGAGGAGGAGGGGGAAGAGGAAGAAGUACUGAUUGAUGAAGAAACAAUGGUUGAAGAAAAAUCGGUUAUUGUCGAAAAAGAGGUCGAUGAAAGUCAGGCGUUCUCUGGUGCUGAUGCCGAAACAGACGCUGGCCUUGCUGAUACCACACCAGACGAGGAUGAUGGGGUCUCCAAAGAAGUCAAUGGCGAGGAAACUGUUGAAGAGGUCAUCCAAACGAAUGGUGUUGGCCAUGAUGAAUCCCCUGCCGCUGAAGCCGAGCCUAGUGCCGAAAGUGAAGCCCCGAAGACACCCCAGUCAAAAUCCAAGUCCAGAUACAAAUCCAAGUCCAAGUCUAAAUCACGAUCACCGGGAACAGCAAACUCCCACCGGUCGACAAGGAGACAAUCUGACAAUGCUCCUAAAACCCCGACCCCAGUCAGUCGCAAAGCCUUGGUCGAAAAAGUCCAGGUUGUCAUUCCUGCGGAGCCUAACUCGGCACGGAGUCGCACCAAGAAGGAGACACCCGUCAUGAAUGGUCUCAGCGAUGCUGAUGCUGAUGGCGAAGACGACCCUGACGCCGAUGGAGAGUACGAGGUAGAUGGAGACGUCGUGAUGGAGACAUGA